UUUACUCUUCAGAAAACUGAUGCUCAGCUCAGUGACCUUGGAGUGAUGGUAAUAAAUAACGGAGUAAACUGGACAAGACCGCUUGCCUUUUACUUUGAAAAGCGGGCACCGGAAGCGUCGCCGCUUGUUGUAGCUUGAAGCUAACAGGUGGGGAUGAUGUCGGCUUGUGUCAGAGCGUUGAAAAGCCGUUUGUCGGCUCUUUGUCCGGCUGGUUUCACCUCGCUGCUCGGGAGGAAUCAUCCGGUGAGAUUUCCCGCCGGAGGACAGCGGAUGUCACACACACAGACAGGAGAAAACCUUCGACCACUGGAGGGCGUCAGAGUGUUAGACUUGACAAGGGUUCUGGCUGGUCCCUUCGCCACCAUGAUCCUGGGAGAUCUGGGAGCUGAGGUGAUCAAGGUGGAGAGACCAGGUGCAGGUGAUGACACCAGAGCCUGGGGUCCUCCGUUCGUCAGUUCAGAGAGCGCCUAUUUCCUCAGCGUCAACAGGAACAAGAAAAGUAUCGCCGUGGACCUGAAGCAUCCCAGAGGAGCGCAGAUCAUCCAGCAGCUUACAGGAGUUUGUGACGUGCUGGUAGAAAACUACCUGCCAGGGAAGCUUCAUCAGAUGGGUUUAGGAUACGAGCAGCUCAGCAGAGUGAACCCACGGCUCAUCUACUGCUCCAUAUCAGGUUAUGGACAGACCGGUCCUCAGUCUCAGAGUCCUGGCUAUGACUCCAUCGCCUCGGCUGUGUCGGGGAUGAUGCACAUCACUGGGCCCGAGGACGGGGAGCCGGUGCGUCCAGGUGUCGCUAUGACAGACCUGGCGACGGGGCUGUACGCACACGGAGCUGUCAUGGCCGCCCUGCUGCAACGACACAAGACGGGGAGAGGGGUUCACAUCGACUGCAACCUGCUGUCCUCACAGGUUUCCUGCCUCAGCCAUAUUGCUGCUAACUAUCUGAACGCGGGGAAGGAGGCGAGGCGAUGGGGGACGGCCCACGAGAGCAUCGUACCUUACCAGGGCUUCAAAACCAAAGACGGACACAUUGUCGUAGCCGCCGGCAACGACAAACAGUUCGUCAGAGUCUGUCAGGUGUUGGAGCUGGUGCAGCUCACAGAGGAGCCAAGAUACAAAACCAACAAGCUGAGAGUCCAAAACCGCAAACAACUGCUGCACACACUGUCACACAGGUUUCUGCAGGGGAAGACAGCUGAUUGGCUGAGGAGGUUCGAGGGCUCAGGUGUCCCUGUUGGACCAAUCCACAGCAUCCAGGAAGUCUUCUCUGACCCACAGGUGAAACACAACGGUCUGAUACAGGAGAUGAAUCAUCCAACAGCAGGACGCAUCGCUGUACCUGGUCCGGCCGUUCGAUUCAGCAGCUUCGCCCCCGGUGGACCGACGCCCCCUCCUGUGAUUGGUCAGCACACUGUGCAGGUGCUGCGGGACACCCUGUCCUACAGUGAUGACGUCAUUAAAACGCUGCUGGAAAUCAAGGCGGUGGCCCAGAAUCAAGUGUCCUGAUUGGCUGAGGAAAAACAAGCAUAAAGGGAAUCCAGGAAAUUCACCCAACAUAUUGAUCAUUGAUCAGCUCAGAUUUUCAAAUUACUGUGAAUCACAACAUUUGAACUUGUGCUGCUCACUGAUGGAGACCAGACACAGAAACAGUAUUAACAGAAUUAUUUUAAUAUUGAGAAGUUUCUACUAUAACAUUUCUUUAAAUUAUACGUGUCAUCAAGUCUGACGUUUCGAAGAACUGUUCAAACUGAUCGUCUCCUCAUGAUGAUUUAAAACUGAACAAAUGGUAUUUGUUAUGAAUAAUAAUGUUAUUGAACAGUAUUUGGAAACACUCCUUCUCAAAUGUCACUUUACUGCCUAUAAAAAAGAAUAUAUAACGAUUGUUUAUUGCACUCCUGAAAUACUGUUUUUGAAUAAAACAAUGUGAAUCUAUUAUGUAAAUUUAUAUGAUAUAUAAAUUGUAUAACUAAUGACAUCAGAUGGUUUUAGCAGCGUG